AUGGAUGUCGAGUCUAUGGAGAUGAACGGGAGCAAGAGGGUUUUUCAGCGGCAAGCCGGCGGAUCGGUGGCUGGCGGCACCGGAAAGGUGUGUAAUUACUGGUUGCAGGGGAGGUGCAAUCGGCGCCCUUGCCCCUAUCUCCAUGGCGAUCCCUCCUCCCAUCGGCAACCGAAACAAUCCCAAGAGUACGAAGAUGGUGCGCCGAAGAGGACGCAGGGGUAUUCCCGGGGCGGCGGCGGCGGCGGCCUGGUGUGGAGAAACCCGAGUGCCGGAGGAGGGCCAUCGAAGUGGGGUAGGGGCCGGGGAGCGCCGCCAGGGGCAGGAGGAGGGAGUGCUGCGACCGCCGGGGCCCCAGCCGCCCGUAGGGGUUCUGAAAUCAUCUGUAAGUUCUUCGUCAAGGGGCGAUGUUCGUACGGAGAAAGUUGCAAGUUUCUUCACUCUUGGUCCGUCGGAGAUGACUUCUCGCUCUUGACCAAGCUCGAGGGCCACCAGAAGGUGCGAGGGCUUUAAUGUCCUUGAUGUUCGACCGAGCCGAGGCCCGGUCCUUCUUGAUUUCAGCAUACUUCUCUGGUUGUGUUUCUUUAGUGGGGGCGAUGAUCUGAGAAGCUGGUCUAGCAGGUUGUUACAGGGAUUGCUCUUCCAUCUGGGUCUAAUAAGCUGUACUCAAGCAGCACCGAUGAGACCGUGCGGAUUUGGGACUGCGAGAGUGGGCAGGUAAUGGCGAUGGCAAUCCACGCAAUACCAUGAUUUCCGUUGAUUCAUCGACAGUACUGUGAAGCCUUGUUCUGGGAAUCAUGCAGUGUAUUAUGGUUGCCAAACCGGGAGGAGAAGUCGGAUGCAUUAUCAGUGAGGGACCAUGGGUGUUUAUUGGGAUCCCUAAUGCUGUCAAGGUACGAGUAUGGAGACUAAAUUUGUGCAAUUUACUUUUUUUUGAAAUCAUGAGAGAGAAAGGAAGAUUUAAUUGCUCUUUCUUCGUUGAGAAAAGCCAUCAAUAAAAUUAUUGUCUUCACAGGCAGUAAAUAUUCAAAUGGGAACUGAAAUGAACCUCGAUGGACCUCUUGGGCAAGUGUACUCUUUGGCCGUUGGCAAUGAUAUGCUCUUUGCUGGUGUACAGGUAACCUUUGUGUGUUUUUUUGGUAGUUUAGUUUAGUAUUUAAUUUAUUUUUCCGGCAAUCUAUUUGUUGAGUUGAAGAUCUCAUGGCUCUCUUUCUAUGAGCAAUGCCACAUUCCUAGUUAACCCUCCAUUGGUUGUAUGAUGGAACACUCCGCACUGUUCUUCUUUUUUACAGGACAGUAACAUAUUGGCAUGGAAAUUUAGUCCGGAGGGCAAUUGCUUUCAACCUGCGGCUUCUCUAAGUGGCCAUCAAGGAGCUGUUGUUGCAUUAGUUGUUGGCGGUAUGAGGCUGUACUCUGGUUCCAUGGACGGUACCAUACGAGUAAGUUGGCUGCAUUACUAAUGAGUGCAAUUCUCUUUGUCAUGGACUGAUCUUUAACUCAUUUUUGACAGGCGUAUUAUGAUGCAUGCAGUUUCAGUCUUUCUACUGUCGUUGGAGGGUUUUUUUCCCUCGUAGUUUUUGUUGAACAGAACAUGGUGCUAUCUCAGCUUCCUAUGCUGAUUGUGACUUCUCAAUGAUAUAAUUAGCUUAACAAUUUAAUAACUAGUUUGUGAAUGGGACGAUAGGCCCUGUGGUUUGUUUUUCUUUUUUCCCAUCUAUCAAAGACGCCUACGACUUUCUAAAGAAAAGAUAUCUGUUCAAUGGGUGCUAACCAAGAUUUAGCUAACGUAUCUUGAUGUUCCUAGGCUCCUGUCCUGAUAGAAGCAUAUCCAUUCAUAGAGGAAGAGGAGAAAUAAACGAAUAACUGUUGGAUUGCUUGUUUCUGUCCCACUGCAAGGGUGCUACUCGAAAAGAAUGAGAGAUUAAAUCAAAUGCUCUCUUUGGCUCAAUUAUCUUUUAAUGGCCGUAUUGCUUGGGACCGUGGGCAGUUGAUAAGCUUGGAGGUUUAUUUGAUCUGCCUGAGGAAUGCUAACGACUUUGGUGUCAGGCAGUUGAUAAGCCUGUCUGACCUGAGAUGCGUCAAGAAGUGUCUGCAAACAUGAAACAGGGAGGAUUUUGGUUCAACUCGUGUCAGGCAGGAGCUAUUACAAAAAAGUGAAGAACUUCACAUUAGGAAAGAAGAAGGUAUGCUACCUAGACUAAGUAAAAACAUCUUUAGUGCAAAAAAUGAGUAUCAUGAACGUCUUAUUGGGGAUUAACUAGAUUUGUACCUACUAGCAAAGGAAGAAUAUUUAAUCGUUGAAAACAGAAACUUUUACUAUGCAAUGACCUGUCCUUUGACUGGUUUGAAGUUGCGGUAGGUUUUAUCAGGACUAUGACUUUUCAGUCUCAAGAGGGACAUUGAUAAGAUGAUUGAUAGAAUCGGACAAUGCUUGUGCAAAGACAUUUAUUUUGGAUAACUUCACGGCAGGGCCAAAGUGCCUUCACUACCUAAUUAAAUGUGGAGUGUGAGAGCGUUCAUUGGUCAAAGUUAAUCAAAAAGCCCAGAAUUGGUCAACUGUUUGUGUUUUUGCUGAGUUGCUCUUUCUGUCGAGAGAUUUACAUCAGUAUGGUGGUGGUUUUGGAGAUUCAUAAGGGCCGGCCAAUUUUCAGUCCAGGAAAUGGAGAACCAUGUGCCUUCUUUGGGUGUUCCAUGGUACUUAUUUUGCUAGCAAGGCCAUAGGAGGUUCCAAAACAUUUUCAGCACUAGUGCUGUAACUAUGUAAGUUCAACUCAAAUGACGGAUGAGUGGUCAGUUAGUGCUGUGCUGGCAAAAUAGUUCUGUUUAGAUACAUUAGUCUAGGUAUCAGAACAUCUGGUUUUGUAGCUAGUGAUUUUGUGUUAUACAUCAUGCAACACUUUUCUGGACCAUUUGAUGUGAGUUGAUGUUUUCGAAUUUUCCCUGAUCCUAUGUAAUAUCUCUCUCUCUCUCUAUAUAUAUAUGUACACUUUGAUGAAUGAAAUGUGCCUAAAUCCUCCUCAAAUAUAACAACGAACUUCUAUCGUUGAAAUUAAGUUUAUAUUUGGGCUAACGAUGGGCCAGUGUUGUCUAAGCUUGAUUUUAGCCUUUGAUUGCGGAUUUAUAUCACAACCUAGCUGGAUAAGCUUGAGACAACUCACCUGGUCUAAAAUCGCUCUCGCUUUUCAAAACUUAGGUUUUAGUGCUGAAAAUUGUAGAAAGAUGUCAGGGCACAUGUUUGGUUCAGCCAGUUAUAUGAUGUCGGAUUGGGUGUUAAAUUAAUGUAGUGAAAUGUUUUCUGGCUACCGAAGGUUAACACAGUUAAUCUCUAUCUCUUUGUGAAAACAGCACUUAUCUUGCCUGUAGCUGACUCUAGCUAUUUUGCUAAGCAGUUACCAAGUGCUGCUUGUUUGGAGUAAAAAUGGACUCAUUGAAUCACCAGGUUUUGAUGAAUAAGGGAACAUAAAUAAAGACCGAGAAAAAAAACCCUAACAACAGGAAGAAUUGUUUUUCUUACUAUAGGAUCAUGUCCAGACGUUGCUUUUUUAUGCUGGUUUAGUGAUUAACCAAAUCGAUGAGACCUUGAAAGCGUCUUUUUCAAGCGACAGUAGCAGGACGUUCUGUCAGUCCGGGAAGUUUUUGGUGACAAGACGGAGAUAUCAGAAGUGAGGAUUCUCACAUGAGUAAUGAAAAAUCUUGUGAAAACAUGAACGCUCAAGUGGAAGGCUUUCUGCGUUCAGUCAAUCUAAAACUCCUCAGAUACAGAUGUCUUCAAGGUGUUUGGCGAGAACAACUACUAUUUGGAUUUUUUGUUUGGUCAGGUGGCAUUAGAUAUGUUGCUUUCUAUCAUUCCAUAGUCUGCUUUUGGAAGAAGAGGUGUGGGUAGUGUUAGAUGGGAAUUGAGCAAGUACAUGAGCAUAGGGGAGCGCUCAGCUAAUCCAAUAUGCUCAGGAUGCUUUUCCAGUUAAAGUGUGAAGACGGUCCUUAGAAGUAGUUACUUAUAAUUGUAUUUGCAGUAGAACCUCACUACCUAGCAAUUAUCUUUGGGAAAAUUAGUGUUAUUAAUUCUCUAAGAUUAGUACUUGUUGUAUGACUUUGAAUUCUGUCAUCUUGAAAAGCGUUCCUUUUCGAACAUUCUGUUUUUUUUCUCUUUUUCUCAGCUUACUCUUGCUUUGGCAUGCUUUAAUAUAAUUCUAUGUUCAACUUCCUUUGGAUUGCCUUAGGUCUAUAAUGAAGAUGGUAGAGUCACUUAUGCCAAUUUCCGAACUCUUUGAAAGCAUUCAUAGUUUUCCAAGCAUCACUAGGCAAUGAGAGGGGCUAGAUGCCCACGAUGACUGGCCUUCUGUGUGAGUGGCGAUUUGAUAACAGUUGUUCGGAUUUAGCCAGGCAUUUGAAAAUGCGGGCAGAAAAUGAAUAUUUUAAAGUUUUGAUUUUUCAUUUAUUGACUGUAGAAAGACAUUUUUAUCUUAUCCGAAAAAAUAUUUAUAUUUUAGUUUUAUUUCAAAUGUUUACCUCGUCUUAUUGCCUAUGUAGUAAGACUUUUGGCCAUUACCUUAAUCUGCCUUAAAAACUUGAUAAUAUUUGCUUAAUAUCACUUCAUAUAGUCGUGAGUGAUGUUUGGUUAUCUUUUAUAUUUUAUUUACCACAUAUCAUCAUGGUUACCGCCUAUUAUGUGUGCUAUAACGUCUGAAGUACAUUUCAGAUUUGGGACCUUGCAUCUUUACAGUGCAUUCAAACUCUUAGUGACCACACGGAGGUUGUUAUGUCACUAUUAUGUUGGGAUCAAUUUCUGCUAUCCUGUUCUUUGGACCGAACAAUAAAGGUGGGAGUUCUUGUUGACAAGUACUUUCCUUGAUGCUUGGGUUUUGUGCCUAAAGACGAAUUUUCUCACAAUCUUCCUUGUCAUUUACAUUGGUGAAGGUCUGGGCUGCAACAGAAAGUGGAAGCUUGGAAGUAACAUACACGCACAACGAAGAAUAUGUACGUUGAUUCAUUCAAUUAUUCAAUGUUUAAAGCUAUUACUUUUAUGCUUGGCAUUUGAAGAACUCUGUAUGAUUAAUUUUUUGUUUGUAUAGAUGGUUUCUUUUUUCAUUCUUUGGGGACUUGUAUAUAAGCAUAUUGUCAUUGAUUAGAGAUGGUAUUCCUCCUUCCACAACAUCACUGGCUACCGCUGACCAUUAGAAAUGCGGUAGUGGGAGGCAGUGUCAAAUCCAAUUGUACCCAGUGGUAAAAGCCCUCGGGGACAGGUACCCUAAUUGGUGAUCCUUCAUACAGUUUUCUGCUUACUUGUUCUCAUUUUGAGUUAUUGCGUAAUAAUAGUGCAGCAACCAUACUAUUCACUACUGAAAUUCUUCUGUUUCUAUCGUAGAAAGAGUAGUGGCCUUGCUAUCCUUGAACUGGCCAGCCAAUUCCUUCCUCAUCCAAUACUCAAAUCUGCAGUGAACAUGUCCGACCUCUCUUGUUUUUAGCUGACCAAUACCCAGAUAUUCGACCACAAACAAAGCCCCUUUUGUCAGUCGAAUACUAGUUCUUGAUUCAUACCCUUCUUAACUCGAUCCAUCAGCUAUAUCUCAUACAAUCCAUCCAUUAUAAUUUCCUGUCCACCAUGGCGGUGCUUGACGCAUUGUUAGGCUUGUUCCACUUGCCAAAUCCAAUGAGUGCAUUAGCAGGCAUUCUAUGUCAAUCAGUGAAGUUGUAUCUGGUGCAGCGGGCAGACCAAAUCCUUUUAAAGGAAUUAGGCAGCUGGGGAGGAUGCGAAACCGUAGAUAGUGGUAGUUAAGGUGAUGUACUGGCACAUCUUACAUGUACAAUAAAGCAACAAACUCCGCUGAAUUCUGAUGACAUAGGAACUAAGGUUCAUGAGAUGGAAUAUCCUAUUUUGAUUGAUGAUGAAUAGGAUGUAGAUCUAUGGUGUGGAAUCUACCUCGGGCCUGAUAUUUGCAUUUCCAUUUGCUAAAAAUGCUCGUCAUGUUUUACCAAGAAGAGGCUCGUAAUUAGCUGAUUACAAGUGUUCAUUAUGGAUGGAGGCUAAUACAUGCUCUCUAAGUCCAUUCUCAGGGAGCUCAUCCUUUCUUUUCUUUUUGAACUUCACAAGAAAUACAGUCACGUAUGUAGGACUUACCCUCCUGCAAAUUUACUGGAGGCGAAUGGCCAAUAAGAUUGAAAGCUACUGUCUCAUAUGUAUGAAUAAAACUCUACCCCAAACUUCUGAAUGUCCAUGUAAGAAGCAAGUUCGUGUUGCUGAUGAAGAGACUAGAGUGAGAGGGUUUAGACCUUGAUGUUGACAAUGUUAGGCUAAGAUCAGUUUGACGUAGGUUUGUGAAAGAAACGAAGGGGGACAUGUUUUCACAUAGUGUAGGCAGAAGAAUAUUGAAGGAUGUUGCCUUCAUGUUUUGUCUGAGCCACAUCACUGUCCGUCUCUAUGAUUCAGUAUGGUCUUCUCUCUAUGUAAUUCAUCCUCUUCCAUCUGUCUUGUAUCUGUUGCCCUGCCACUAAAUCUGUCUGGAUUAGUGAUUUCUGGGCAGCAUUUCUCAAAUUGCAUCAGUUCAUUGCCCACCAGCUCCCUCUGUUCAAUUACUUCAUGUGCCCUUAUUAGGUAGAUUGUCAUAUAUAAUUCCAUAACGACCUUUCUCUAUUCAGGAAUAAAUUGGGGAAACAUGAUAUCUCCCUUUGAAAAAAAACAGGCCAUGCGCCGCCAUUUUCUCUUUAUUAUAUAUAGCUACCCUUUUGAUCUUGAACGAGUUUUACUCUGGUUUUGAAAAAUGCAAUUCCUCAACAAAGAAUCUCCCUCAAAGCCCAAAAAAAUAUAGAGUAGCAGCACUGGAAACAGGACCUGAAAUCUGUUAAGUGGAUCAUCUGGGGAUUUUGUCAAGACCUACAAUUUCCUAGAAAAUUAUCGAGGGGACAUAUAUUUUUUAAAUCAAAGGCAGCAUGCUGGCCUCAACCGGUUUCAUCAUCUUGUGGUUACAUAGAUAGAUUAUUAUAUCAAACUGGAGAUUAUCUUUUUUCUCCUACUUUACAUGAUGAUGUCCAGUUCCUUGGGAAUCCCACCGAGAAGAAUGCCCAUAAGUGGCCAAUACUUUGUUGCUGGGUUCUAACGUUUGCCUGCUUGUUUGGUGGUGGCAGGGCGCCCUUGUUCUUGCCGGAAUGCCCAACGGCCAUGGCAAGCCGGUUUUGCUGUGCUCAUGCAAUGACAAUAUAGUCCGCCUCUACGACCUGCCCUCGUGAGUGCCGCCCGCCUCGAUGGAGGCUGCGAGAACCUCUUCUCUCUCUACAAUUCCCAAAGAUGACAUCUUUCCAUUGCUUCUUCGUGUGCAGAUUUGCCGAGCGAGGCCGGAUAUUCUCCAAAGAGGAGGUGAGAGCUAUUCAGGUGGGGCCUGGUGGGCUGUUCUUCACGGGGGACCGGACGGGGGAGCUCAGAGUGUGGAAGUGGAUGGCAGGAGAUGCCCACAGCAGUUGA